UCAUAGGCGCCGACUCCAUGGGGCCCAAGGGGCUCGAGCCCCCCCAAAAAUUUAGUUGAGGGGGCGGAGCCCCCCCAAUAAUUUGUUGAGAAGGAUAAUUACAUUUUGCUUGUAAGUUUAAAGCAUCGCGUGAUACGCUACUAUAAACUCUUUAAACAGUACUAAACCAAUUACUCUCAACACAAUGUCAUACUGUGUUGUGCUUUUACGAACUUAAUACGAUGUAAAACUGAGUAAGUUUAGCCAAAGAGAUGAGUGUUGAAGCAUGAGGGUAAGGGGAGUCAUAGAUAGUUAUAAGAAUUUGGAACUGUGCUGCGACGCGAACCACUGUUAUUGUUAUUGUCUACUUGUUAUUGUUAUUGUCUAGAAGGCGUAGAGGGCGACGACCCGGUAAGUCAAACAACCCACCCCUCCCCGCACACUCAUGCCAAAAAUUGCGCCACUGCUCCUGCACUCACUCUAGCAGUGUGUCCAGCCGUAGUACAUUUUGCGAGGGAUAUUUUGAUAAUUAGUACUUAAUUUUUCCCGGGCUGGACACACUGCAUUCUAGUCUGUCUUGUGUUGUGUAGUUGUGAUAGUUGGCUAGUUGCUUCUUGCUUGUCAAGUGAGUUAUGACACGGUCGCGUUCGCGUAUAACCUAAUUUCAUGUGUUGACGUGUUGUUAGGGCUGCAAUUGUUAGAAUUGUGCACAGUAUGUAGUGUUUUUAGAGUAAGUGUUUAUUUUGUCGGCUUCUGCAUUAGUGAUUUUUUUUGUAGCCUAUAAUGGAUAAAUUCAUCACUAAGAAGCCUCGCAUUGACACUGCAACCCCGGCAAAUGUCGAAACAACUGCUUCAACAUCAGGCGUGAGCUUUUCACAGCAAAAUACAAAACCUAAUGACAAGCCUAUUGGAGGAAGAUCGUUCCAGAAGUCUUGGGUGACUAAAUAUAAAUGGUUACAAUAUGACGCAACAAUGGAUAAAGUUUUUUGUCAGACCUGCAAAGAGGCAGAGGCCAAGGGCCUUCUCCAAUUGACUACCAAGAAAGAAGAUGCGUUUACUACUGUUGGUUUUUCUAACUGGAAAAAGGGAUUGGACAAAUUUCGUACUCAUGAAAAUACGUCUGUGCAUAAGGAAGGAGUUUUAAAACUUUCAUCUUUAGCAAAACCAAGUGUAGCCGCUCAAUUAAAUGAUCAAUUGAACAGUGACAUGAAGAAAGCCCGUUUGGCUCUUGAAAUUAUUUUUACAACAGUUAAGUACCUUUGCCGGCAAGGUUUGGCCAUAAGAGGACAUGAAGAUAUUAACUCAAAUUUUUUGCAAUUGCUAGAACUUAGGAAAAAAGACGUUCCUGAGUUAAAAGACUGGUUGGGGCGUUCUGGGUAUAAAUGGAUCUCACAUGACGUUCAAAAUGAGAUAAUUGAUAUAUUGGGCAAAUCUGUUGUGCGCUCAGUGCUAGAUAAAAUCAAGAAUAGUGAACACUUUUCAAUUAUUGUGGACGAAACAAGUGAUAUAUCGAUUCAUGAGCAAGUGUCAUUUUGUGUUCGAACUGUAAGUGACGAUUUAAUAAUCAAUGAAGACUUUAUUGGUUUAUAUGAGACUCCUAAUACCGAAGCACAAACUCUUUUCAAAAUUGUUAAGGACAUUUUUGCGCGGCUUAAUUUACCUAUUGAAAAAUUGAGAGGACAGUGCUAUGAUGGAGCGGCAAACAUGAGAGGAAGAUUUAAAGGCCUGCAAAAGUUACUUUUGGAUAUUCAGCCCCAGGCACACUACGUGCACUGUACAGCCCAUAGUUUGAACUUAGCAGUGCAGGACAGCCUUUCUUGCCUCCCAUGCAUGAGGGAUGUUAUGGCCUUAGCCAAAGAUCUAAUAAAUACAGUUAAGGAAUCUAACAAAAGAAUCAAUUUAUUUAGAAACAUACGCCUCGAAAGUGAAAAUGAUCAAGCCAAUCUUCGACCACUUUGCCCGACCCGAUGGACAAUGCGAGCUUCAAGUAUACAGAGGAUUUUGAAAAACUAUGAAGAUCUCCUACAGUUUUUUGAGAUAUUUUCCUCAACAGACAAAACUGAAGCAGGUUAUAAAUGUGCGGGUUUUCUUGAAUCUAUGAUACUGUUCAGGACUUAUUUAUUUUUGAAUUUAUAUUGCCAUGUAAUGAACGUAGUAGAAGAAGUUAACGAAAACAUUCAGAGCCCUCAUCUAAGUGUAACUGAAGUGGAAGGCAUGUUUAAAGGAUUGAUUAGCAUUUUAGAUGAUAAGCGAGAUGGCUUUGAGGAGUUUUGGAAGUCGUGCUUAAAAAACAAAUUUUCACAAGUAGAAGAGCCUGUGAUUCCAAGGAAACGGCGCGUUCCAAAUAGAUAUGAAAACGACGGAGCCAGCUCACCACAUAACUUCAACACCCCAAAGGACUACUUCAAAGCUCUCUACAUCGAGGUGUGUGAAACGGUGCGAUCUUGCAUCAAAGAACGCUUUGAGUCCACGGGCUUGUCGCGGCUCGUUGCGGUCGAAAAAGAGUUUUUGAGUGUGUUAGUGGCGAACGAAGAAGGUUCAAGUUUCGAACAGUCGAAAGAUUUUUUUAAAAAUGACCUGGAUGUUGAAAGGUUGCAAAUACAUCUAAACAUGUUAGCCGAUAUUAAUAGGCAAAAUAAUUUAAAAAUGAAAUCAAUGCGUGAUGUAAGGAAAUAUCUUUCACAAGAGCCAGCCAUUAAAAAAAUGCUGUCAGAAGUGGUUAAAGUGAUCAAGCUUCUUCAAGUAGUGCCAAUUUCGUCGGCAACGGCAGAACGCUCUUUUAGUGCACUCCGUCGACUGAAGACGUAUCUGAGAUCAACAAUGGGACAGAAACGGCUGAACAAUUUAGCAGUCCUUCACGCCCACCGUGAUGUCCUGGACGAAGUUCACUUGAGCACGGUGAUGAACGAGUUUAUAAGCAGCAAUGAACUCAGAAGGCAUACUUUUUCAAUGGUAUAAGGAGAAGGACAUUGGCCAAUCAAUGGAUAUGUAUGUAAGUUAAACUGAAUUAAAUACAGUAAUUAUUUUAUUCUUCAUACUCUCUGUAUUUUAAGUAAGUAGACCUAGGCUUUUUAUCUUCUGAAAAUUUGGCUUUUCGAGUAAUAUUAGAUAUUCUUUAUGCUAUUUUUAGUUCAUUAAUUUUGCUCAUUUUUAUUUUAUUUUAGUGUGAAAGAGUAAAAUGUGAUUUGUUUCUG